AUGAUGAAACCUUUCAUCUACGACAAAGAAGUGACAACAGAAGGAACCAAGAAACCUAUCUCUCGGGCGGAAGAAGUGCUAAACCGGCAAACAAAAAAUGCUUUAGCCCGGAAUAGCCUACUACAAAAGAUUGAAAGAAAAAUGGAUAAAAUUGAAUUGUCCAUAGAGAAAGAGAUCGGAGGCAUGAAUUCCAGGCUACAAAAGCACUAUGCGGAAUUGAAGGAGAAGAUGGAAAGACUUGAAGAGGAGACAAGAAAAAUUAAAGAAACAAGGAGAUUCAACAACUCUGCUCAUUGA